UUAUUUUCUUCUCUCUCUCCCUCAUCGUGUAAUUAAUAACAUUUUCUUUUCUACUAAUUAAUUUAUUCUUUUCUCUAUCUCUGUGUGUGUGUACAUUUCCUAGAGGAAACAAGUGAAAAAUUCUAAACUUAUCAAAUAGAAUUUUUUAUAUUUUCUAUUCUCUUUCUGGAUUAUAAACAACAAACUUCUUCGCUCUUUGUGUUCAUCAUCUUCAUCUUACAACAACAAUUUUUUACUUCUUCUUCCAUCUUCAUCUCUCUGGUCAAUCACAUCAACUUUCAAUAAUCUUUUUUAUUAGUCAAAAUGGAAAUUUAAUUGUUGUUACUAAGCCAUCAUCAUCUUUUUUUCAUCUCUAAAAUCAACAACAUUAUCUCUCUCUCUCUUUCUCCUAAAUCAUUGGAUUCAACUCUUUCUUAUCUUUCUUUGUUUCGGAUUUUCUUAUAUUUGUGUUUUAUCUUAUUCUCAUCUUAAAGUUUGAUAUCUUUCUUUUUGAUUAAUCUGUAUUUCAAAUCUCCAAGAGACCAGAGAGUUAACUUUAAAUCCGUUGGCCCUUUUUUGUUUCAUCUUCCAUGUUGAUAUUUUAGCUGUUUUCUUUUUCUCAUCUUAACAACAGAAGAAAAAAAAAGGAGAAAAUUCAUCAACGUCUUGAUUUUUUUUUCUCGGGUAUAUCUCAUUCUAUCAUUUCUAUCUGGAUUAUUUACAAAUACACAUUUUCUCAUUCAUGUGAAGUGAAAGAUAUAUCAUCAUCAUCAUCGCCAUUUUCAUCUCUGAUUACCAUUAAUUUCCAGCUACGACUUGUAUUUCAAAAAGAAUAAGAAGAAAAGAGAAAACAAAAUUAUAGAUUGUUCUCUUCUUCCUAUGAUAACAUCAACAUCUAAUAGAUAAUUUUCAUAUUCUUUUGUGAUGAUGACAAUUGUGUGAGUGUCAAUGUUUACUAAGGAUUAACCAGUUUAAGUUAUAUUUUCACAGUUAUGGAUAAAUUUGGAUAAAUUUGGCUCUUAUCAAUCAAUACACUUAAACUUGUAAACACUGUUUACAUCUCAUCCUCCCGAUCAUCUUUUUCUCUUCAAUACAAUUUUCUUUGUCAUAAUCUUUCCUCUUUUUUUUUCUUGAUAUAAAAAUUCAACUUCUCGCUUCAUCAUACAGCAAAUUCCAUCUUCUCCUUACUUUUUCUACGGUGAAGGGGAUCACCUUUACCAGGGAAUGUCCUGUUCAUCAUCAACAAUUUGUUCCCAUUUAUCGUUACCCUCUUGCUCUUCAUCUUCUUCCCGUUCAUCUGAUUCCUACAAAGAUGUUAAAACCAUGUUUAUAGCCAGAGACAUUCAACACACUGGUACCUUACAACGUGAUCAUCACUCUCAUCAUCAACUUCACCACCAGCAACAACAACACCAACAACAACAACAGCAACUACAAAAUCAACACAAUACCUCCUCGUGUAAACCACCAAUUUGGACAGUGGCUUAUUCAUCAGCGACACCCUUAGAUCCCCACCAUCACCAUGGUGGGUCACUUUACUUUGAUCCAGCAACAUUGAAUAGGCAACAUCUCAGAAAUCAUCAUCACAACAAUGUAAACCUUAUGAUGUUCAAUCCUGGAGAUAUUAAAAGUGAUCAAAUUCAUCAUGUUGAUGUCGAUUCUAGUAGUUUCAAUGCAAAAAGAAGAUUAAUAUUUUUAUGCUUAUUCCCAUUGUUAUUUAUCGCCGUCUUCCUUGCAGUAUAUCACGUAAUCCAUUUGCAGAAAGAUGUUUUCCUUGUCAAUCCAAAUGCAGUCAAAAUGGGUCCGAUGGAUUUAGGCAAUACAAAUAUGCUGAGCUCUCAGGAAAAUUCUAAUACUUUAAAUAGUAAUAAUAGAAAUAACAGAGAUUCAGCUAAACAUUUUCCUUUACACAAUUUAACCAGAAUAAGUGAUUUACCAAAUACCAGUGAAUAUGUAAUCGAUGGUUUCAAAAGUCAUUUAGGGUCAACUGGAGACCAUCAAGUUAACCGUCACAGGGAAAGGAAGACCAUUGAAGCUCAAUUCAGAGUUAGCAAUAAAAUGUACAGUCGCCAAUUAAAAGAUAGAGCUAGUGAUGCCUUUCAAAAGCUUUCCUGGCUUAUUAGUGAAAAGAUUAAAUUAUUAGUCAACUUAACUCGGUCACUAUCGCCUCUUCAAUUGGAUAAAGUGGAACUCAUCUCAGUGAGGAAAGGAGACAAUCUCCGAUACAAUUUAAAUGGAAUCAUUGUUGAUUUAGUUUUACAUUUUAAUAGAGAUGUUAAUUGUUCACUAAACGAAAUCGUCCUUAACCUAAUGAGUGCCAAAAAGGAUGGACUAUUUACCGGAUUAGAUAUUGAUGAAAGGACAAUACUUUUUAAAUUCAAAGGUUCAAAUAGUAACAACAUAACUAAUAGUAACAACAAUAAUAAUAAAACUGGUCUAACAACAAUAACAUCAUCAUCAAGUGAUAACAGUGAUGGAUCUGAAGUGGAUGGUGGUGAUCAAAGUGUUAUUGAUAAAAAUCAUAAAAAUAAUAAUAAUAAUAAUAGUGAUCCAGAGGAGCCUGAACAUCAUCAAUAUAAGUGGGAGAGAUGGUCCGAAUGGGGACCAACAUGUAAAAAUGAAGCAGGCUCCUGUUCAGAGGAGAGAGUCCAUUCAAGGACCCGUUAUUGUUAUGAUAAGUUAAACCAAUGGAGAGUUGAUGAUAUUAAUUGUAUCAAAGUAACCCGAUCUCAACAUCAAUCUCUUCAAAUUGAAGAUUGUGUCUGUGAAAAGACUUAUAAGUGCUUAGAAAGUGAAUGGCAGUGUUUAAAUACCCAAUGUAUUCCUUUAUCUAAAAGAUGUGAUGGCCAUAUGAAUUGUUUUGAUUCAUCGGACGAGAAAAACUGUGAUUGUGGUGAAAAUGAAAUUCAUUGUGGACAGAAUACUUCAUGUAUUGCAAUAGAAAAGAAAUGUAAUAACGUAACUGAUUGUUGGGAUAAUAGUGACGAAACAGAUUGUGCAGGAUACGUUGAUUAUGAUUAACAGAAAAAAAGGAGAUCAACUUGAAAAUCCACCACGAUAUUCACACACACACACAAAUACACUCACUCAUUCACAAGAAAGUCUUCAAAAAUUGAUAAAAAAUGUAACCACCAUGCAAAUGAAAAUGUAAAUUAUUGUUCAAAUGACGAAACAGAAAAAAUGAUCUUGCCUUUUUUUGAAAAUAAUUAAUGUAAAUAGUUUCUAUUACUUUUUAAUUAAAUACUCUUUUUUUCAUGUUAA